UUUCGCGCCAGGUUUCGCGCCAAAUUUAACACGUGAACAAUCUGAAUAACAUUUUUACAAAGCUGAUUUCAAGAUGGCUGGCUUCGACGAGCAAAAUAUAUUCUUCUCCGACAAUUUUCAAUCUCAAGACAACCAAGAUGAAGGCAGAGUCGACAGGCUUGGUACUCAAAGAAGAUACAAAGAAUUCUUGCGUCAGUUUCACGAGGGUUCAUUCAACUACAAAUAUCGUGAUGAAUUGAAGCGUCACUAUAAUUUGCGUCAGUAUUGGCUAGAGGUCAACAUAGAUGACUUAAGUAGUUUUGAUGAAGAGUUGGCUGACAAACUAAAAAAGCAGCCAUCUGAUCAUAUACCAUUGUUUGAGCAGGCUGCAAAAGAGGUUGCUGAUGAAGUAACGAGACCAAGACCCUUAGGAGAAGAAGAAAUGGAAGAGAUCCAAGUGUUAUUGUCUUCUGGAGCUCACCCUUCUCAUGUCAGAGAUCUAAAAUCUGAGCAGAUGUCAAAGUUAGUGAAGAUCCCAGGUAUUGUAAUAUCGGCAUCAGCCGUCAGAGCUAAAGCUACGUCAAUAUCUAUCCAGUGCAGAAGUUGUCGAGCAUUUGUGAAUAAUAUUCCAGUGAAACCUGGUCUUGAGGGUUAUUUACUGCCGAGAAAAUGCAACACAGAUCAAGCGGGUCGUCCCAAAUGCCCCAUUGAUCCAUUCUUUAUUGUACCAGAUAAGUGCCAGUGUGUUGAUUUUCAAAUUCUGAAAUUACAAGAAUGUCCGGAAGCUGUGCCAAAUGGAGAAAUGCCAAGACAUAUGCAGCUGUAUUGCGACAGGUACCUUUGUGAUAAGAUUGUACCCGGCAACAGAGUGACAGUCAUGGGUAUUUACAGUAUCAAAAAAGCAGGCAAACCAUCACGGAAUGCACGCGAGAAGGUUGCAGUUGGUAUUCGUAGUCCUUACCUUAGAGUGGCUGGAAUUCAAGUUGACACUGAAGGGUCUGGAAGAAGCUCAAGUGCCCCCAUCACACCACAGGAAGAGGAAGAGUUCAGACGACUUUCAGGAUCACAGAAUGUUUAUGAAACGAUAGCCAAGAGUAUAGCGCCCUCUAUAUAUGGUAGUGUAGACAUAAAGAAAGCUAUAGCAUGUUUAUUGUUUGGUGGUUCUCGUAAGCGUUUACCGGAUGGUUUGACAAGAAGAGGUGAUAUAAAUGUACUAUUGCUUGGUGAUCCAGGUACAGCAAAAAGUCAGCUCUUGAAAUUUGUUGAAAAUGUGUCUCCAAUUGGGGUGUAUACAUCUGGUAAAGGUAGCAGUGCUGCUGGUUUGACUGCUUCUGUUAUAAGAGACCCUGCUUCACGUAAUUUUGUGAUGGAGGGUGGUGCCAUGGUACUUGCUGAUGGUGGAGUAGUGUGCAUCGAUGAGUUUGAUAAGAUGCGUGAGGAUGACAGGGUAGCUAUUCAUGAAGCUAUGGAACAACAGACUAUAUCUAUUGCGAAAGCUGGUAUUACUACCACAUUGAAUUCUCGUACCUCAGUGUUGGCUGCUGCAAACUCUGUGUUUGGUAGAUGGGAUGACACAAAGGGUGACGAAAACAUUGACUUCAUGCCGACUAUAUUGUCUCGAUUUGAUAUGAUAUUUGUGGUGAAGGAUGAGCAUGAUGAAGCUAAGGACAGUAGGUUGGCCAAGCACGUGAUGAAUGUCCACAUGAAUGCAUUACAAACUACCUCGGCCAAUGAAGGUGAACUGGAUCUGAAUUUCCUUAAGAAGUACAUCGCAUAUUGCAGAAGUAAAUGCGGACCAAGGAUUUCAGAAGCUGCUGCUGAAAAGUUGAAAAAUCGAUAUGUGCUGAUGCGUAGUGGAUCCCGAGAACAUGAACGAGAAACCGACAAGAAGACAAGCAUCCCUAUAACUGUCAGACAAUUGGAAGCUAUUAUAAGGAUAUCAGAGUCAUUGGCCAAGAUGCAAUUAUCUCCAUUUGCUGGUGAAGUUCAAGUUGAUGAAUCUUUGCGUUUAUUCCAAGUUUCAACAUUGGAUGCUGCUAGAACUGGAAGCCUUGCUGGGGCUGAAGGUUUCACAUCACACGAAGACCAAGAAGAGUUGAGUCGUAUUGAAAAACAGUUGAAGAGACGCUUUGCAAUUGGUUCUCAAGUAUCCGAACAUUGCAUCAUUCAAGAUUUCAACAGACAGAAAUAUCCCGAGAGAUCUAUACAUAAAGUACUAAGUUUGAUGAUGAGACGUGGUGAAAUCCAGUAUCGAAUGCAGCGAAAAAUGCUAUACAGAAUUAGAUAGAGGCAUUGAAAAUGACAUCCACAAAUGCAUACCCUGAAAAAUAACUUGACCUCUUAACUUCUCCAUUUUUGAAAGAAGACAAAUUGGCUGAAUAUUUUAUUUCACUUUGUGUGACAUUUUCAUGAAACAUUCGCAGUGAAACAUGAACAAAAUUAACAGUUAUACGCUACUAUCGGAAGUCCUAAACUUGUCUUUUGACUUGUAGGAACCCAGCAAUGACAAUAUUUUAUUCGUACUGCCAAACAUACCAAAGUGCUUUAUUCACUGAAAAAAUCCUAAUGGGCCUUUUCCCGGAAUAAGCCCAAAAAAUUAUAUCCUACAAUUAAUGAGGAUCAAAAUACAAAUAUCAUUUAAAUACUUUUAUCUCUUACAGUAAUAAUCCUGUUUAUGGAGAUUUAGAUUUAUAGAUUCUGUGAUUAAUACCAAGAAUUUCUAAAAUUUAUAGAAGUCUACUAUAUUUAUAUCUGAACAUAAAUGAAUACAUAGAAUUUAGAAUUUUUGAUGUUAUUUUUGUUUUUCUAUUCAAAUAAACAUUCUUUUGCCAUUUCA